UCUAGGCCGAGCGGGAGGUCGGGGCUGCGGGCGCUCGCUGGUGGCGGAUCUGGACGCCGCUGCGGUGGCAGGGCUCCGCGGCCGGGGUCGAAUCCAAUCGGGAGCCAUGAGCGUGGACAAGGCCGAGCUAUGCGGGUCUCUGCUCACCUGGUUGCAGACAUUCCAUGUACCGCCCCCCUGUACCAGCCCCCAGGAACUGAGCAGUGGCCUCGCAGUAGCCUAUGUGCUGAACCAGAUAGACCCUUCCUGGUUCAACGAGGCAUGGCUCCAGGGCAUCUCAGACGACCCAGGUCCCAACCGGAGGUUGAAGGUCAACAAUCUGAAGACAAUCUUACAGAGCCUGGUGGAGUACUCCCAGGAUGUCCUGGGGCAUCCCAUUUUGGAGCAGCACCUUCCAGAUGUGAGCCUCAUUGGCGAGUUCUCAGACCCAGAAGAGCUUGGCAAGCUGCUUCAGCUGGUGCUGGGCUGUGCUAUCAGUUGCGAGAAGAAGCAGGAGCACAUCCAGAGAAUCAUGACGCUAGAGGAAUCAGUUCAGCAUGUGGUGAUGGAAGCCAUCCAGGAGCUCAUGACCAAAGACACCUCUGACUCCCUGUCACCGGAAACAUAUGGGAACUUUGAUAGCCAGUCCCGCAGGUACUACUUCCUGAGUGAGGAGGCUGACGAGGGUGAUGAGCUGCGGCAGCGCUGUCUGGACCUGGAGCGGCAGCUGGUACUCCUGUCAGAGGAGAAGCAGAGCCUGGUUCAGGAAAAUGAGGUGCUGAGGGAGCGGGUGGGCCGGUCCGAGGGUGAGGGCGCCACCGGCCUCACCGCCAAGAAGCUGCUGCUGCUGCAGUCCCAGCUGGAGCAGCUGCAGGAAGAGAACUUCAGGCUGGAGAGCGGCAGGGAGGACGAGCGCGUGCGCUGUGCCGAGCUGGAGCGGGAGGUCGCUGAGCUGCAGCAGCGGAACCAGGAGCUGACCAGCCUGGCCCAGGAGGCACAGGCCCUGAAGGAUGAGAUGGAUGAACUUCGGCAGUCCUCAGAGCGCGCAGGGCAGCUGGAGGCCACGCUGAGCAGCUGCCGGCGCCGCCUGGGCGAGCUGCGGGAGCUGCGGCGGCAGGUGCGGCAGCUGGAGGAGCGCAACGCCGGCCACGCUGAGCGCACGCGGCAGCUGGAGGAAGAGCUGCGCCGGGCCGGCUCCCUGCGCGCCCAGCUAGAGGCGCAGCGGCGGCAGGUUCAGGAACUGCAGGGCCAGCGGCAGGAGGAGGCCAUGAAGGCCGAGAAAUGGCUAUUUGAGUGCCGCAAUCUGGAGGAAAAGUAUGAGUUGGUGUCAAAGGAGAAGGAGCGGCUGCUGGCAGAGCGGGACUCCCUGCGGGAGGCCAAUGAGGAGCUUCGCUGCGCCCAGAUGCAGCCUCGCGGGCUGACCCAAGCCGACCCCUCACUGGAUCCCACCUCACCAGCUGUGGAAAACUUAGCAGCUGAGAUCCUACCUGCGGAGCUCAGGGAGACGCUCCUGCAGCUUCAGCUGGAGAACAAGCGCCUGUGCCAGCAGGAGGCGGCCGACCGGGAACGGCAGGAGGAGCUGCAGCGCCACCUGGAGGAGGCCAACCGCGCGCGCCACGGCCUGGAGAUGCAGCACCGGCUGAACCAGCAGCAGCUGUCGGAGCUGCGGGCCCAGGUGGAGGACCUGCAGAAGGCCCUGCAAGAGCAAGGGGGCAAGACUGAAGACUCCAUUUCAACCCUGCUGAAGAGGAAGCUGGAGGAGCAUCUGCAGAAGCUGCAUGAGGCAGAUCUGGAGCUGCAGCGGAAGCGCGAGUACAUCGAGGAGCUAGAGCCCCCUGCCGAUAGCAGCACAGCCCGGCGUAUCGAGGAGCUGCAGCACAACCUGCAGAAGAAGGACGCGGACUUGCGGGCCAUGGAGGAGCGGUACCGCCGCUACGUGGACAAGGCGCGCACGGUCAUACAGACCCUGGAACCCAAGCAGCGGCCACCUGGGGGGGCUCUUCCGGACCUCCACACCCUGAGGACACAGCUCCGGGAGCGGGACGUCCGCAUCCGGCACCUGGAGCAGAUGGACUUUGAGAAGAGUCGAAGUCAGCGGGAGCAGGAAGAAAAGCUGCUCAUCAGUGCCUGGUAUAAUAUGGGCAUGGCUCUGCAGCAGCGAGCCGGGGAAGAGCGGGCACCUGCCCAUGCCCAGUCAUUCCUGGCACAGCAGCGGCUGGCCACCAACGCUCGCCGCGGACCCCUGGGACGCCUAGCACCCCUGAACAUGCGCCCCAGUGACAAGCACUGAUGGAUCUCAGGAUCCUGCCACCUGCCCAGCCAAUCAGGGCUUAAUCCACCCUGGAUUCCCCUGACUCACAUGGGGCCCAGCAUUAUGCCUCAGCCAGUUGCUUGAGAGCCUUGAAGUCACAAUCUCUGCCCUUUUCUCUCCCAGGUGGGACGAGAGUGCAGGAUGAGGCGGGAGGCAGGAAUGGGCCUAUUCUUUUUAGCAAUGUGAUUCUUAUUCUUGAUUUUAGUGAGCUGCCAGGGGAGAGAGUGAUUUUAUAUUUGAGAAGAAAGAUAAUAAAGACUUUCAAUCUGA